AUAGAUGUUGGGAAAUGAUAAACACGUACACGUGUUUAGGUAUCUUCAAUAAAUACAUACAAGUACUUUCUAUAUAUUGGACUGGCCAGGAACAGAAUGGGGUGGAGUUUUAAUUGCAUCGAGAUCGGGAUUCCAUUUAUUCCCUCUGUAGUUCGGAAUUUAUCAAUUUAUUAGGCCGCCAACUUCCAAGUACAAUAUCUAUCUUUUUUGCAAGCUAACCAGGAAUACAUUUUAACAGGCGUUUCUUGGCUAUUCCUCCUAAAAUUUUAUUGUAUUUCAUCAAUCUGUCCGAAAGCGUAUUUUCCUUAGUGUGCCACACAGAACGCAAAGUGAAACUAGAAUAGGGCCGGUGUUGAGAGAUGUGAAGUCACGUUGCUGGAAGAUAGAUGAUACUCGGGUUGCCCGAGUAGUGUUAUGGGAGCAACUUACUCGUGUGCUAACAAGAUGUCGGACGAUAAUGAGCGGGAAGUUUACCACGAACGGCAGGUAAAGGAGCUGUGCGCUUUACACGCCCUGAAUAACCUGUUUCAAGACCAGAAAGCCUUCAGUAAAAAGGAUCUGGACGAGAUCUGUGUCAGGUUGUCCCCUGACCAUUUCAUCAACCCCCAUCGUAGCAUGCUGGGUCUUGGUAACUAUGAUGUGAAUGUGCUUAUGGCAGCCAUCCAGACAAAAAAAUGUGAAACCAUAUGGUUUGAUAAGAGAAAGAAUAUCAAAUGCCUUCUACCAGAAAACAUUCAGGGAUUUAUACUGAACACCCCGUCGGAAUGUAAAUGGGGACUGUUACAUUUUCCUUUUAAAAGAAAACACUGGAUAGCAGUCCGUAAAAUUGAAGACAUUUACUACAACCUAGAUUCUAAACUGGACUCCCCAGAGCCCAUAGGAGAUAAGGAGUCGCUAUUCUCGUUUUUACACAGAGAACUUGAGAACGGGGAGAAGGAACUUUUAAUUGUUGUCAGUCAGGACGUAGAAUGUGCAGGAACUUGGAGGAGGGACAGUGAUUCGGUGACAGCAACCGUCUCCAACGGCAACAACGUGCAUGACUCAACUACCUCAAAAGCAAUUUUACAACCUCUUGAUGAUCUUUAGCCAGAGACAUUCUCUUUAGCACAUGUCGUUUUUUGUUAUCAUUUUUACAUUCGGGUUUAAAUCACUUUUUGAUACUUCAUUUUCGUUACCUGUUGAUGUCAUUUUGUGAUUAUUUUUUUUCACUAUUAGUUAUGAAGCUUUUAUUGUUGUGAAUUUAACAUGUAAGCAAAACAAAUUACACUUCCUUGACCAUGUGGGAUGGUCAGCAAUUGAUAUGAAUGUACAAACACUGUAUAUGCUUAAUAAAUCAGAAUAUUGUU